AAGAGAGGUGGAGAAACACCAGUGUGUGGUUGCCUCUUGUGCAUCCCCCACUGGAGACCUGGCCUGCAACCCAGGCAAGCAUCCCAACCAGGAAUCCAAUCAGUGACCGUUUGGUUUACAGGCUGCCAUUCAAUCCACUAAGCCACAGCAGCCAGGGCCCCCACAUCAUUUGUUGAUGAGAAGAUAUUUGUAAUUUGAUGAAGUCUAGUUUAUGAAUUACUUUCUUUGAGGAUUUGCUUCUAACCGUAUUCACAACCAUAAUUCUUCUCUGCCCAAUCUCUGAAUUCACUGGCCUGUUAUGUCCCCAGCAUGUCUGAGACCCAUGGGCUCCAAACACACCCACUAUCACCCUCAUUCCCUCUACCCUCUGUAACAUUACCCUCAGCCUCCAUGUCCCAGGCCACCCACCACCUUCUAUAGUAUCACCCCACACCUCAGGGUCAGGAAACCAGGAUCAUUCUCCAAUACUUGGAGACUAGUCCUGAAAUGAAAGAAUUGGACCCACAGAAGGACAUUUGGAAAGACAGACCAUCCAUUGCUGUUGUGGCAGAAGGACCCACAAGGAAUGGUGCCCAGGAUUCUGCCUGUGAAGGAGCAGGGACACAGGGUGACCUAGUGGGGCAGCGACAGGGGAGCCUGAGGACUUCUCUGGGGUGCUUGGACAUGUCCCAAAUGUUAGCCCCUGAAUGUCUUGAAUUUAAGGCAUUUGUCCACCAAAGCCCCACACCAGACCCACUGAGACCUGAAGGACUGGGAGGAGUGGGGACGUACCCAUUCACCAUGUGUGGGAAGGACUCAGGUACAUCCAGCCUCGGUCCUCCCUCCAAACUCCAUGCAGAGAGGAAGCCCUAUGAGUGUGGGGACUGUGGCAAAGCUUUCAGCUAUAAUUUGUCCCUGAAGGAGCAGCAACAAAUUCACACCAGGGAGAAGCCAUUCUCAUGCAUCACAUGCGAGAAGCAGUUUACCUGGACAUCUUCCCUCAGCAUCCACCAGCGUGUGCACACUGGGGAGAAGCUGUUCACCUCUGGGGACUGCAGAAAGGUCUUCAGCAGGAACAAGUACCUCAUCAUGCACCAGAGGACUCUCAGGGGUGAGAAGCCACUCGUGGUCCCGGAGUGCAGUCAGGCUGUCAGCCACAACUCCCCAAUUACGGAUCAGCAGCGUGUGCACACUGGGGAGAAGCCAUAUGUGUGCGUGGACUGUGGGAAGGCCUUCCGCCAGAACAAGCACCUUAUCGUGCACCAGAGCACUCACACUGGGGAGAAGCCAUACAUGUGUGGGCACUGUGGGAAGGCCUUCAGCCAAAACAAGUACCUCACUGUGCACCAGAGGACGCACACUGGGGAGAAGCCAUUCACAUGUGUGGAGUGCAGCAAGGCUUUCAGCCAGAAGGCUCAUCUCGUUCGUCACCAGAGGAUGCACACUGGGGAAAAGCCAUACAUGUGUGGGGACUGUGGCAGGUCCUUCAGCCAGAACAAGCAUCUCAUUGUGCACCAGCGAACACACACAGGCGAGAAGCCAUUCACGUGUCCAGAGUGUGGCAAGGCCUUCAACAGGAGCUCGUCUCUCAGGCUGCACCUGGGCACCCACACGGGUGAGCGGCCCUACUCGUGUGGUCACUGCGGCAAGACCUUUAGCCAGAAUGCCUACCUGAUUGAGCACCAGCGCAUCCACAUGGGGGUAAAGCCCUUGAAGUGCAGCGUUUGUGGAAAGACUUUCAGCAAGAACUUCUUACUCAUGCAGCACCUGCGUGUGCACACCGGUGAGAAGCCCUACAAGUGCAGCCAGUGCGGCAAGGCAUUUGGCUGUAACUCAUCACUGAGGACGCACCAGCGAAUUCACACUGGGGAGAAGCCAUAUGAGUGCAGGGAGUGCAGCAAGGCUUUCCGCUAUAGCUCAUGCUUGAAGAAUCACCAACGAAUCCACACUGGGGACAAGCCUUAUGAGUGCAGGGAGUGUGGAAAGGCUUUCCGUUACAAAUUGUGCCUAAAUAUGCACCAACACAUCCACACUGGGGAGAAGCCAUACCAGUGUGUGCAGUGUGGCAAAGCUUUUAGCUGUAACUCGAUUCUGAAGAAGCACCAACAAAUUCACACUGGAGAGAAGCCCUUCUCAUGCACCUUGUGUGGGAAGCAGUUCACCCAGCAGUCGAACCUCACGGUCCACCAGCGUGUGCAUACUGGGUGAAGCAUUCCAUGUGUGGGAACUAUGACGAGGCCUUCAGCAGAGGGCUCAGCUCAUUGUGCAACAAGGACACAAAAUGGGGAGAAGCAAUCCAAGUGUGCCCUGUGCAGGAGUGCCUUCAGCCAGAGCAUGCAUCUGAUGGAUGCACCAGUGGAUGCAUCAGUGAGAACGCCUGACUGAUCCAGCACCAGUGCUUCCAAAAAGGGGUGAAGGCCUCCCAGUGCAGCCUGUGUGGAAAGACUUUCAGGAAGAACUUCUUCCUCAUGUAAUACCUGUGCUUGCACCCCGAGGACAGGCCUGACAAGUGCUCCAUCUGACGGAUGCACGGCGCAGAGCACUCGUUCCUGCGGCACACCGCCACACCUGGGAGAAGCCCUACAGGUGCAGCCAGUGUGGCAAGGCCUUUUAUAGGAACUACUUGCUCACCCUGCACUAGAGGAUCCAUAGGGGAGAGAAGCUCUGCGAGCAUGGCUAGGGAGAGAAGACGUUUAGCCUGACCAUCUACCUCUGGGACACCUGGGAAGGAUGUGCCUGUAUUGGGGAUGGGCAAGGGGGAGCAUGGGAUGUCAAAAUUCACACCCAACAGGCUGGUCCUGAGCCCGUGGGCCACCGCCAGGCUUGACAUUGGAGCUUACAGGUAGGACUCAAGAGAAGUCCUGUCCAGAUGGGUAUUAGGCAUGUGGAUUCUGGGGAGAGGCCACACCAUACACACAAGCUACUUCUAGAGCAUCUGCAGGGCCAUGAGGAAAGCAAGCUCUCUGUAGGUCUAGUAUCUGGGAGUGUGGCCAGGGGCUCUGUGGCUGGAGAUUGAGCUCAAAUAAACUGACAUCUGAGUUUAGAGAAUGCAAUAGUGUCUCUGGGUCUCCAUCUCCUGGGUUGUAAAGUGGGGGAGGGGAAGAAGAAAGAAACACUGGGAAGGUGGGCUCCAUAGGGACAUUCUCCCUUUGUUACACACGCCUGGAUGUAGUGCAGAGGGCAGGUUGUUGCCAUCCCUUGGUUUCCUCAUCUUUGUACACCCAGCCUCCAGUUUCCCUGCAGCAGGAGCAGUUUCCAAGUGGUUCAUGAGGGGAAAAAA